CUUAAAUUAAUCUCAUCUCUUAUAUAAUCCUACCAAAAAAAAAUCUCAUCUCUUAUAUAAGAAUGAUAAUGAUUGAAGAAGAGGGUUUGAUUAUUCUUACACUCUUUGUCUCUCUUCAUUCAUUACUCUCUUUUACAUGUCUCUUUGACUUUGGACCACUUAACCCGAAAUUCUUAAACCUAAAGAAGAAAAAACUCCUCACCGGUCCUGGCUAAUGGGCGUCGUCUUCCGUCAGCACCACCUUCGUUUCAUGCCAACUCUCAUCGUAUAUGCUUUCCUUCUCCUUUUCUCGUUGUCCUCCGCCGCCUCUCUUCAACGUCUCAGUGGAGGGCUUGGGCAGGGGAAGAAGGAGACAGUUAGGUCGGGUUUACCGGGUCAGAUAGUAGAUCAGAAGCGGUUAGGCGGCGGUCCUGGCUCGGUGCCUCCGAUGUGUAGAUUGAAGUGCGGGAAGUGUGAGCCGUGUAAAGCAGUUCACGUUCCGGUUCAACCAGAUCUAAUUGCGCCAUUGGAGUACUACCCUGAAGCUUGGCGCUGCAAGUGUGGCAACAAACUCUUCAUGCCCUAAAACCAAAAACCGAACCUCAUGACCUAACUUAAUUUUAAACAAUUAGGGAACUUUUUUAUAGUCUUUCUUUUCCUCGGGACUAAAUUUUUCUUGCUUAUUAAUAAUUGGUUUUUACUGGUUAAUAUUAAAAAGACAAAAAGAAGCUGUCUCUAGAAAAGGACUACGAGAUUGCAAUGCAUUAUGCAACCAUUGUUUAGCUGAAUAUCCUCAUGUUUCGUUUUUCUCACUAUAGUCCUAAUAAUUAUUUUUAAAUAAUCUGAUCUAAGCUGCUUUUUUAAGAUUUUAAGAACUGGACCAAGAAUUAUAAUGAUUUGUGUUCUAUUA